AGGCCGCGCGUGGCUGCGGGCGCCGCCUCUGCUCGGCGCGGGCCCCGCGCGGGCAGGACUCGAGCAGGGGACUCUGGAUCAUGCGCACGGCGUGGGGUACCUACUACUACGCGAGGUGCUCCAUCAACGGCGUCGUCGUGAGGACCCGCGCCACCAGGUCCCCGGCAGAGGCCGAGCGUCUCAGGCGCGCCCUCAUCGCCCUGCAGCGCGUCGGGGCCGCCGCCGGCGAAGACGAGAGGCUGCUGCUGGAUGCGGCAGUUGCCGCGGCGGACCUGGGGCUGGUCUGCCGUCGUGCUGGACGCCCGCCGCUGGGUCGGCAGGACCAUACCGUCGCCGGCCGUGGCCACCAUGGAGGAGGCGCUGCUGCUGCGCAGGCGGCUGGCCCGUGCGGCGAGGCGCGGCUGGCACGCGGUGCGCGAGGAGUGGGUGCAGUGGAUGACGGCACCCCGAGGGGUCAGGCGGGGCGCCGGCCGAUCCUACGCCGAGGCGGAGUCCAUCGCCGCCUCUGCCGAGGGCGCGUUCCAGGCAAAGCGCCUGGAGAGCCAGCGGCGGCGCGGUGCGCUCCAGGACGCACGCCGCUCCCGGGCGGC